AUGUUCCGUUUUCUCAAGAAGCGUUUGAUAUCCUUUUUUAAAAUCGUAAAAAGAUGGAUUACUUGUCAGUCUGCUAGUAAUAGUGAUUGGUCGAUUGAGUUGCCCUUCAGUUUAUCAGAGGAUUCGUCCAGUAACUUGUUAGUGGAUUCUCUCAUGAACUUGCAAGAUGUUUCAUUUGAAGAAUUACCGUCUCAUCAGGUGGUCAAGAAAUUAAAGAAAGAAUACAUAGAAGUACUAAAUCAUAUUAUCAACAUAAAAGUGAGUGACCUGAUUAAUCGCAUGAACAACAAGGUAAAAUGCGUCCCUUUGAAUACAAUUGUAAAAUGUGCAAAAGUAAUAUUUCCAUUCAUAGAAAUCAAUGGGAGCAGUUUGCUAUUGUGGUUAAUUAAUACAAUGGAGUUUGACCCUGAUGAAGCAUUAUAUUUGGCAAAUCUAUUGUCAUCACACAUCAUUGGGUUCACAAUUCUUAAUUAUUAUCUGACUGAGUUGAAGGUCGGUUGCUUUUAUCGUAAUCUAUGUCCAAGUUCACAAAUGACUUAUAAAACUCGCUUGAAUGAUUAUGACUAUGCUGUAUACCUGUGUAAAAAAGAAAUCGAAGAAAACAUUCAUGGAGAUUUGCUGAACUAUAAAGUGAAAAAAAAUGCGAAAGCUAUGGUAGAUGUUAAUAAAUGGAAAUUUGAGUUUCAACCAUCCAAUGAUAAGUCAUCACGUACAUUUUAUAAUAAAAAUGUAAUUUUAUAA